AUGCUGUCCGCUGAUAAGUUCAAAACUGAUGGGAAUCAAACCUUCGGAUUUUAUUGCUAUCCUACAAGAUUGGAAUUAUAUACUACUUAUAUCACUAUAAGUAGUUUACAACACAUUACUACUACUACUACUACUACUACUACUACUACUACUACUACUACUACUACUACUACUACUACUACUACUACUACUACUACUACUACUACUACUACUACUACUACUACUACUACUACUACUACUACUACUACUACUACUACUACUACUACUACUACUACUACUACUACUACUACUACUACUACUACUACUACUACUACUACUACUACUACUACUACUACUACUACUACUACUACUACUACUACUACUACUACUACUACUACUACUACUACUACUACUACUACUACUACUACUACUACUACUACUACUACUACUACUACUACUACUACUACUACUACUACUACUACUACUACUACUACUACUACUACUACUACUACUACUACUACUACUACUACUACUACUACUACUACUACUACUACUACUACUACUACUACUACUACUACUACUACUACUACUACUACUACUACUACUACUACUACUACUACUACUACUACUACUACUACUACUACUACUACUACUACUACUACUACUACUACUACUACUACUACUACUACUACUACUACUACUACUACUACUACUACUACUACUACUACUACUACUACUACUACUACUACUACUACUACUACUACUACUACUACUACUACUACUACUACUACUACUACUACUACUACUACUACUACUACUACUACUACUACUACUACUACUACUACUACUACUACUACUACUACUACUACUACUACUACUACUACUACUACUACUACUACUACUACUACUACUACUACUACUACUACUACUACUACUACUACUACUACUACUACUACUACUACUACUACUACUACUACUACUACUACUACUACUACUACUACUACUACUACUACUACUACUACUACUACUACUACUACUACUACUACUACUACUACUACUACUACUACUACUACUACUACUACUACUACUACUACUACUACUACUACUACUACUACUACUACUACUACUACUACUACUACUACUACUACUACUACUACUACUACUACUACUACUACUACUACUACUACUACUACUACUACUACUACUACUACUACUACUACUACUACUACUACUACUACUACUACUACUACUACUACUACUACUACUACUACUACUACUACUACUACUACUACUACUACUACUACUACUACUACUACUACUACUACUACUACUACUACUACUACUACUACUACUACUACUACUACUACUACUACUACUACUACUACUACUACUACUACUACUACUACUACUACUACUACUACUACUACUACUACUACUACUACUACUACUACUACUACUACUACUACUACUACUACUACUACUACUACUACUACUACUACUACUACUACUACUACUACUACUACUACUACUACUACUACUACUACUACUACUACUACUACUACUACUACUACUACUACUACUACUACUACUACUACUACUACUACUACUACUACUACUACUACUACUACUACUACUACUACUACUACUACUACUACUACUACUACUACUACUACUACUACUACUACUACUACUACUACUACUACUACUACUACUACUACUACUACUACUACUACUACUACUACUACUACUACUACUACUACUACUACUACUACUACUACUACUACUACUACUACUACUACUACUACUACUACUACUACUACUACUACUACUACUACUACUACUACUACUACUACUACUACUACUACUACAUAUUCAUUUAUAUUAUUAAAAAUGUCAAGUUUUUAA